GUCGCGUAAAUCUCGCGAGACGCCUGGAAUUUUUCCAAAAUGGCGUCACCUCACCAGGAGGAAGAGCUUGAUCCAAGGAUUCAGGAGGAGCUGGAGACCCUGAACCAUGCAGCUGAUGAGAUCAACAGUCUGGAGCUGGAGCUAGAUGACUCGAGAGCUGCGUUCCGCCAGCUGCUGACAGAGUCCACCCAGAGGCUGAAUGUCCUGGCUAAGAAACUGGGGAGUUGUGUGGACAGGGCGCGGCCGUACUACCAGGCCAGGAGGGAGGCUAAGGAGGCCCAGAUUGAGACCCAGAAGGCCGUACAGCGGUUUGACCGUGCCACCAGCAUGCACAACGCUGCGAAGGAGAUGGUCGCGGUGGCGGAGAACGGUCUGCUGAAGGAGGGGCACACCUUCGACACCACCUGGCAGGAGAUGCUCAACCAUGCAACCACCAAGGUAAACGAAGCGGAAAAGGAGAGGUUUGUUAGCGAGAUCGCCCACCAGGCCACGGCACGCAAGUUUAACGAGAGCGAACAACGGGUCAAGAUGCUUCAAAAGGCGCUCAAACGGGCCAUCGUAAAGUCCAGUCUUGCCACACGUAGGAGUUUGCUACAGCUCAAUGCUCUAACUCAGCAACACCAAUUGGCCCUGUUACCCUACUUUGAGAUGAAGGCCAAAAUCCAAGAAGACCUGGAUGAGAGGAAACUGAGAGUUGAGAGGUUGGAGAAGGGAGUGGUGAAGCAUAAGACUGAGUACUCACUCGCCCUGAAAAACCUGGAGGAGAUCUCCGAGAGCAUCCACCGUCAGAGGAAAGAGAGGCGGGGGAGCGGGGUGGGGGCUGAAGCCGGGUCCCCGGAGUCACGGGAGGACCCCCAGGGGGUGGGGGAGACGGUACAUCUACCCCGACCCUCCUCACUCCAAGGGAAAGGGGAUGCAGGGACGACACUGCAAAAAGACAUCCAUGACACAACAGGGAAAGAGAAUACGGAGGAUGGAAAAGUGGACAAUGUUGCGCAAGAAAAUAUAAUCUCUCCUACUUCUUCUAUAACUCAGGAAAAAUCGCUGAUAACCAGCCCUGUAGCAGCUGGCCCUACAAGUCCUGUAGUUUCAUCUCUGAGUGAAGGAAUAGUUCUCUCCCCUCCUAGGAACGUGGACCCUGUCAGGAUAAAACUACAGUUCUCUCCUGUGUCGUCUAGUAAGAUUUCCAAAGACUCGGGGAUCGCCGAUGACUCAGUCUCGUUAAACGACAACAAAAGUAUGGAGGGAUACGCGUACGGAAUCUCUCCGCCCAAGUCUCACUCCAGCCCGGGUAUUUCGUCUUCGUUACAGCGGCCUGCGUCGUCCAACCCGAGUCCGUACUUGUACGCGCCGAGGUCUCACUCCGGAAUCCUGGGUGGCGAGUAUAAGACCCUCCCUCACACUCACUCAGGAACCGGGGCCGGGUCUCCCCUCAGACCUCCCCGCGGCGCGACAAAAUCGUUAGACUUGACGGAGUCGGACGCCAGUCCUCUCGACGAUGGUAGCAUCUUCACGUCGGCGGACUUGCUCGCGAUCAAAGCAGAUCUAGAGAGAAAGGACUCCGUAGAAAGCCUGACAGAGACAGGCAGCGUGUCUAGUCUAUCUGAUGGUGUAGGCAUGGGGAUGAGUUUGAGCCUAAGCAGGCUGAGUUUAAGACUACGGGAGAGGUCGGACAGUAUUUAAGCCUCUACUUUAUAGUCUUUGAGUCAUCGUCCCUCCAGCAAUGAAUGUGUAGUUGCCUUUAGACUGAAGUAGAUGAGUACUUUAGAAAAGCAUAGAGAUUGUGAGGAAUGAAGAGUGAGAUUAUCCUUACAUGUAUUUGUUUGCACAUGAUCAUGUACAUGUUAUGAUUUGUUGCAGUAAUUUUUUAUUUUUUUGUGUGAAUCGAUUCCUUAUAUUCAUCAAUUUUGUUGCCAAUAUUAAUUUGUAGAUAUUUUCCUCAUCAAAUAUUACUGUUAAAAAGCCCUAGUCCCCUUCAAAACAUGAGAAAAUGGAGGAGUUAUAAAAUAUGGAACAUGACAUUCCCUUCUUGACACUACUGCAAAUAGACCAACUUGAACACCAUUUGUUGAGCAUGCGUCAUGACAUAUCUGCAUUGAUAAUCAUUAGGAACAUUCCAUCCUUUUUAGAGUUAACUUAGAACAUCAUCAGGCCUUAUCUACAUUGUAUGGAUGUGUACAUCAUCAUCAUCAUGUACAUCAUGAUGUGUACAUGUGUAGUGUUAUCUACCUUGCUUACAUUCAUGUUCAUUCGUUGAUUUAGUCCCUUGUAAUGCCUAGUGACACAUAGCAUAGCAAAUUUCCCUGCUGUUUCAGUAGCAGGGUAUAUUUUUACAGGAGGGGUUGUUAGCUCUUCCCCUAUAAUGUGUUUGAGGCACCUCCUCAAACAUGUUACCUCAUUUGACAUCCCUUCCAAAAAACUGUUGCAACCCCAACCUAGAUGCCCUACCCUGGAUUGAACCGGGGUCUCACAGUUACCAACUACUGUAAAUGCAUUUAAUUUUGUGUGGAUUUACUUUCGUGGUAGCGGGAAAAUGCAGUGUUUGCGGUGGUUUUGAGGCAUAGACUAUAGUCACAUACUACAAAGUAUAAUGGAAAAAUGUAUGUGGUGGUUUUAAGUUUUCGGUGAAGUGGCCACGGCAAAAACCGUGAACGUAAAACUACUGUGAACAUUUCUCCAUUUACAGCUACUGGAACCAGGAGGUCAACUGAGAGACUGCUACCAGUUGAGCUACAGGGACAUCCCCUUCCUUGCAUUAGCCACAAUUGUUUUGUAGUUGACAUUUUGCUGUAAAUUGUAGCAAAUCCCUUGUCAUUUCAUUUCAAAAGCAAUAUGUAGGUCUAAAUGCGUGCAUGCACAUGUACCAAUGUGAAGAUGGCAAUGGUAAAGGCGUAAAUGAAACCAAGUGCAAAGUUGGUAGCAGUAGAAUAGAGGUUCACUAGCUUAUUAGCUGUACUGUGUAUGCUAAUAGUGAAUUGGUAAUGUAAAGGUGCACUUUCAAAGUGCGAAUCCAUAUCAAGUUCAACUUGGUAGUGAUAAUGUGUGCGAAGGCAUGUACUGAUGCUUGAAUAGGGAUGGUGCUUUAAUCUAUUGCACACUUGUCCGUACACAGUAAGUAGACUAAAGGUACACUAUUGUCAGUGCUUUCAUACGUGGUAGUGUAAGUUCCGAAAUGAAUUCUUGAAGUUGUACAUGCAGUUUUCAGUCUGCAGGACAAAGACACUGCAACAUGCUACAUUUUGAAUUGUACAGAAUACACUUAAUUAAAGCCCUUGUAAGGGUUUUGGACUUUGUAGAAUGUAUUACUACAAUUGUUUUGGAAAUGUGUGUAUGUAAUGUAAUAUGAAAUGCAGAACACACUAGACUGAGAUUGGAUCAUGUAGUUUUUCUUUGUCAUUCAGUUUGCCAAUGUUUUUCACAUUUGACUUAUUUUAAAAAUUUGUAGGCAAAGGUUGGGAUCUUUACCAAGCUUGUCUACUCCACUAUAACCUUUAAGUUAGUACAUCUUCAUUUUGGUAAAGGUAAGCCUUUGUAGCCAUUCUGAAGUGCUGAAAGGUGGCACUGUGCAAUGUAUUUAUUGGUAACAUUGAUAAUAUUAUAGUGAAACCCAACUUCUCACUGGUACUGGUUUGCACCAGUAAUGACUACAUUGAUUGGUUGGGAUAUUGUAUUGUAGCACUGACAGCUCUUUAGAAGAAAAGUUUUUUUUCUCUUUUAUAAUACAAGAAGACCCAUGUCUUAUAAUUCUGAUUUUUCUUUGAAUGGAUUGUAAUAGAUAACUGUAUGUAAAAAUGCAGGCUAAAUUUGUCCACUUUUCAGGAAGUUUAUAAGUCUUGCAGUUCUGGCUAAAUGGCACUUCGUACACUGUGUGCACUACUGACUAGGCGUAUGCAGUGCUUUUUUUUGUAUUUGUCAAGACCGUCAUUGUAUUCAUAUACAUGUAUUUAUUAUUGUCUCAAAAAUUUGCCACUAGUAGAUAUAUUUUUUUCAUCCGACUCAAAAGCUAAACCCCAACAGCAAACAGCAGUUUCUCAGAUGUGCAUUUUCAACAAACUGAAGGUUUGUGAUCUUCAAUGUACUAUGCAGUUGUGGAAGGACUAAGAUACAAUAUGGUGGGUUGUGUAAUACAAUUAUAACAUAAUCAUACAUUUGUUAACAAUAUGUCAAACUUUCUGUA